GGAGGUUAUUGUGAAAUGGUUUGGGGGUCAGGAGAGACUGGAGCUGAGAGACUCACCCGCUCUUAAACAGAACAGCUAGAUUGAGGAGGGAGGUUUUAAUAUCCUAUCUGUGCAAUCCAGCACGUUGCACUGUCUUUGUCCCCUUUAUUUCCUCUUUCCCUGUUCCUUAAGAUUUUUUUUCAUAGUGAAAUUCUAUGCCGGAGCCUGAUUCUUGAAUUGGAAGGUUGUUUUUCUCUGCAAAGAGCUUUUACUUCUCUGGGAAUGAUAUAAAAUUUCCUCCACUGGCCCUGCCUCCUUCCAGAAGAGGAGUUAACUAUUUGCUGUAGUUCCUGCCCAACUACAGACACACUUCAAGACACUUCCAAGGAUUUACAGUACUUGGGCAGAGCAGAAACCUCAGAAAGCAAGAGACAGCCAAGGAACAGAAGAAGAAAAAACACAGUCACAAGUCAGGAGAGAAGUAACGCUGACAGAUGAUGGACCCAAAUUUAAUGAAACGUGCAACACUGGUGGAUGUUGAAGGAGUCUCUACAAUUGAUGAUACAGCAAAGAACUGGGAUACUCUUUGGGCGUUCAAAGCCCGGCCCGAUGACCUCCUCAUUUCCACAUAUCCCAAAGCAGGGACCACCUGGAUGGAGGAAAUUGUAGACAUGAUUCUGCACAGAGGUGACUCCCAAAAAUGUGCUCGGGCCCCUGUCUAUGAGAGGUUUCCCUUCAUAGACUUGUUUCUUCCACCACCCUUAGUCAAUGGCAUAGAUGCAGCAGAGGUGAUGUCUUCUCCGCGUGCAAUCAAAACUCACCUCCAAGCUAAGCUUUUGCCGCCUUCCUUCUGGGAGCAGAAUUGCAAGAUGAUUUACGUGGCCAGGAAUCCUAAGGACUGUGCUGUCUCCUACUUCCACUUUCACCGGAUGAACAAGGGGAUGCCAGAGCCAGGCACCUGGGAGGAGUUCCUGGAGAAUUUCAUCACUGGAAAGGUUGCCUGGGGAUCUUGGGUUGACCACGUUUGUGGUUGGUGGGAAGCCAAAGACCGCUACCCCAUUCUGUAUCUUUUUUAUGAAGACAUAAAAGAGGAUCCAUCGCGGGAAAUACAGAAAGUAGCCAAGUUCCUUGGUACCCAGCUGUCAGAUUCACUUCUGAGCCAGAUUGUUCAGCACACAUCAUUUGAGAUCAUGAAAGGAAACCCAAUGGCAAAUUAUAGCACCCUGCCUGAUUUCAUCAUGAACCAAACUGUAUCGCCCUUCAUGAGAAAAGGCACUGUAGGGGACUGGAAGAAGCAUUUCACUGUGGCUCAGAGUGAACGUCUCGAUGAUGCUUUUGCAGAGAAACUACGGAGCAGUGGCUUGAUCUUCCGCACCCAGCUUUGAGCAUCUCAGGCCCCAUCUCCAUUGCUAUAUAAAAUCCAGAUUAUCUGCUUUGAACUGGAUUAUUUGAGUCUAUACGGCCACAUAACCUAGUUCAACGCAGAGAAUUUUAUAUGACAGUGAAGAUGGAGCCUCAUAUAAUAUGUGGAUUAUCUGCUUUGAUAAUCUCGAUAAUAUGGAAGCGUAGAAGGGGCCUCAGAAGGACUUUCCCUAAAAUGUCCAUAGACUUUUAAAAAACAAAAUAAGACCUGAAUCUACAAGCAAGAUGUUUGUGUGUGUGUGUGUAUGUGUAUGUGUGUGUGUGUGUGUGUGCAUGCUCAGCCUCUCUUCUGGGAAGUCCUAUUCCAUUGUCCCAUAAUGAGACUGAGGUUUUAUAUCACGAAUACACAUCUAUCUAGAUCAGACAUGGGCAAACUUUGGCCCUCCAGGUGUUUUGGACUUCAACUCUCAUAAUUUCUGGUCUCAGGGCCCUUCCUUUCUCCCCUCAGCCGCUUAAGCGGCUGAGGGGGGAAAGGAAAGGCCCUGAGACCAGAAAUUAUGAGAGUUGAAGUCCAAAACACCUGGAGGGCCAAAGUUUGCCCAUGCCUGAUCUAGAUGUACCAUAUAUCUAUGUUCCCAUUUGGGGUCAGAUCUAGGCUCUUUCAAAUGGAAGAGGUGCAAUCAAAGCCCUUCAUAAAAUUCUGUUUGUGAGAGAAUAUGUGCUCCAUGAAAACUUUGAUCAGAUCAGUCUUUUAGUUUUUCUUAAGGAAUUGCAAGGGAAUGCCUAUCAAUGGAAAGGGAGUACAAAAGUAAUGCCAUGGACAAUGUGAGAUGAUGGCUAAGAAGUAUGAUUAAGGCAGUCAUUUUAGCCACGGAGGAACUCUGCUCCUAAAUUGAAUAAAAUCUAGUCCAGACUGGAUAUGGAAUGUUUAGAUUGGAAUUUGACUUUGCAAAAGAGACGCAGUAUAACUGGGAAUGCAGGAAGACAUUUGCAGAUUGUUGGGCAGUGAUCGUUCAUUUUCAUGUGUUCGGUUGAAUUGUUCCAAGUAUCAUGUUCUUGAAUGUUGUGAUGCUUGGAAGCUAUUCUGGAGAUCAUACAUGAAUGCAAAACCUAAGAUAAAAUGUAUUCAUUCAUACAUAUUUUUUUCUCAAUAAAAUGUUUUAAAAUAUCAACAAA